AUGCCCGAAGAACGGAGGGAAGAACAACAGAGCUUCUUCCGCACUGCGGCGCAGAGUGUUGGCAUUUUUCUGCUCAUUCAAUUUGCCACGAAGCAGUUCUUCGGCGGAGGCACGCAAUCGCAGCCAUCGACUGCCAACGUCCCCGGCGCCAAUGCCCCGGUUCCUGACUUUGCCAACCGGCCCCACGGCCUCGCCCCGGACGCCCAGUACAAUGCCAUUCCGCAAAACAUUGCGCCUAUCUGGGCCCCCGGUACCGAGCUCGACCUGAACAUCUACGUCUCGCCGUCCAUCGUCGUGCCGUCGCUGAAGUCGAUGCCUGCCGACUCGCUGGUUGUGGACGAGAGGAAAUUCGCCUAUGGUGACUUCCAGGACAAGCGUGAGAUCGACACGACGAUCAAGGUGCCGAAGGAGGCCCAGGCUGGUGGUCCCAUCUGGGCGCACUUCUUCGUUGGCCAGGCUGGCAAGGAACUGGACCCUGCCUCUCCGAGCUACGAUCCCUCCAAUGCCUACCAUUUCGCCUACCCCCUGACUCAGCGCCUGCCCAAGAAGAAGGUCAAGAAGACGAAGAACUUGCUGGGUGGUGGUGACGAUGAAGAGACUGAACCGGAGCCCGAGUUUGAGCAGCCUGGCCAGCUCGUGAACUACUACCACCCCAACUUCACCAUGUCGUUCAUCCCAGAUUCUGGCGUGCAAAAGUACCCUCAGCUCCACCCGGCGCUGCGCAGCUACAUUCAGCUUGAAGCCACGGGAGCUAGGGAUGCUUCCGGUCAGAACGGGUGGUACUAUCCCAUUCUGUUUGUCAACACCUUCUGGCAGCUGAAGGACCACAUGAUGGAACUGAACUCUACUACCACCGAGAUUCCUUUGCAUGUUACCCUGAACCAGCAGAAGAGCUGGAUCUACACCAUCCUCGCCAGCGUUGAUGCCAAUGUCAAAGCUAACCAGGCAAACGCAGCUGCCAAUCCUGGACAGAUGACUGCCGGCGGCUCCGGAGAGGAGUUUGAGGACUUUAAGCGUAUCCUGAUUGACAGCAACGCCUACCUGCUUGCUACGACCGGUGUUGUUUCUAUCCUUCACAUGAUCUUUGAGAUGCUUGCAUUCAAGAACGACGUCUCUCACUGGCGCUCGAAGAAGGAUAACGUCGGCACUUCGGUCCGCACGAUUCUGGCCAACGUCUUCAUGCAGACGGUUAUUUUCCUCUACCUGAUGGACAACAACGAGAACACGUCGUGGAUGAUUCUUUUCGGCCAGGGCAUGGGCAUUCUCAUCGAAGCCUGGAAGAUUACCAAGACGGUUGAUGUCAGGAUCGCACCUGCCGGCCCAGGCUCCUUCUUGCCAUACAAGAUUGAGAUCAAGGACAAGCACGAGCUAUCUGACAAGGAGAAGGAGACGCAAGAGUAUGACCGCAUCGCCUUCAAGUAUCUGUACUUGGUCGCCAUUCCUCUUCUGCUCGCCUACGCCGGCUACUCCCUCGUCUACGAGACGCACAAGUCGUGGUACAGUUUCAUCAUCGCCACGCUCGUCGGCAGCGUCUACGCGUACGGCUUCCUGAUGAUGGUGCCGUCGCUGUACAUCAACUACCGCCUCAAGUCGGUGGCGCACAUGCCGCGCAAGGCCAUGAUGUACAAGUUCCUGAACACCUUCAUCGACGACCUCUUCGCCUUCACCAUCAAGAUGCCCACGCUGCACCGUCUGGCUACCCUCCGUGACGAUGUCAUCUUCUUCAUCUACCUCUACCAGGCCUGGAAGUACAGGGUCGACUACACCCGUGUCAACGAGUUCGGCCAGGGUGGUGAUGAUGAAGACGAGCAGGAGAAGGUCGCUGACAAGCCGGCUGAUGGCGAUAAGAAGGCUAUCGAGCAGGCUAAGGAGGUCGAGGCCGAGGCCAAGACCACGGGUGCGGAGAAGGGCGGAAAGGGUAGGAAGAGGAAGUAA